AAGCAUUGACUUUGACCAUGCUCGCGAAGACAGCACCAGUCCUUCGUCCAUGCUCUCUGUUUGUAAUGCGCGCGGGUUCGCCGCUGCCACGCCGGCGAUUCCGCCCUUGUCGGAGGGGCGCGUCGCCUCAUGCGCGCAUUGCACUACAGCGCGUAUUUGUUGGUGCCCACGAGGACUCUUCUAACUUGGUUCCUGUCACGCCCAUAAAUAUUCCAUCUUUAAGUUUUUGUUGUGGUGACUUCUCAAAGAUGGGAGUAGCUGAGGUAUCGGAACUCACCGGGGGAGCCGAGAGGAUCCCUAAGGAGGCAAAGAAGAUCCUGUACGAGUUGGCUUCGAAAUGGAGCAACGUCGCGGAUUCCCGGGCGUUGGAGGUGGUGCAACUCGAGGGUGCGAUGACGAACGCGGUGUACCAGGUCAACUGGCCAACCAUGUCCAAGGACGGCGUCUCGCAGAAAGUGCUGGUUCGGAUUUACGGUGAGGGGGUGGACGCCUUCUUUGAUCGUGAGGGCGAGAUCCGGACGUUCGAGUGCAUGUCGCGGCACGGGCAGGGACCGUUGCUCCUCGGGCGUUUUGCAAACGGCCGGGUCGAGGAAUUCAUCAACGCUCGCACACUUUCUGCAGCUGACCUUCGGGACCCCAAUGUGUCUUCUCUGAUAGCCUCAAAAUUAAAGGAGUUCCAUGAUCUCAGCAUGCCUGGUCCAAGGAAAGUCUCCUUAUGGGAAAGAUUAAGAAAUUGGCUUAAAGGAGCUAUCAGAUUGUGCUCACCUGAAGAAAUUGAAGAAUUUCAGUUGAAUAAACUUGCUGAUGAGAUAAAGAUGUUGGAAAAGAUACUGUCUGCAGAAGAUCAAAGUAUUGGGUUUUGCCAUAAUGAUCUCCAAUAUGGCAAUAUCAUGAUGGAUGAAGAGUUCAAACAAAUGACAAUCAUUGACUACGAAUAUGCAAGUUUUAACCCUGUCGCAUAUGAUCUUGCCAAUCAUUUCUGUGAGAUGGCUGCUGAUUACCAUACACAAACACCUCACAUUUUGGAUUUCAACAAGUACCCAGAUGUUGAGGAGCGAAAAAGAUUUGUUCAGACAUAUCUAACUUCUUCAGGUGACAAGUUGAUUGAGGCUGAAGUCGAGACAAUGCUGCAGCUUAUCGAGAAAUAUGCUCUUGCCAGUCAUCUUCUUUGGGGCCUCUGGGGGAUUAUAUCCGAACGCCUUAACGAAAUCGACUUCGAGUACAUGGAAUACGCAAGGCAGAGAUUUCAGCGAUAUUGGUUGGUGAAACCUGAAGUAUUAGGAUCGAACUGAAUUGUUUCUUAUAUAAUCUACCUAUUCUGCCAUGUGAUAUAAGGCAAAUGUUAUGAAAACUGCAAAUGGCCCAAAAGGAAACCUAUCUCUUCUAUGAUUAAAGUUUAAUUUAGUUUGUGCAAAUUCAAAA